AUUGUUCUCUUAUUGAAAAGGCAAAGCAUUUCAUCUACAUUGAGAACCAAUUUUUCAUAUCAGGUCUAGCAACGGAUGGUACAAUACAGAACCGUGUUUUGGAAGCAAUAUACAGACGUAUUUUACAAGCACAUAAAGAACAGAAAGAUUUUAGAGUUAUAAUUGUGAUACCCCUCUUGCCUGGUUUCCAGGGUGGUCUGGAUGAUGGUGGUGCUGCAACUGUGAGAGCCUUAACACAUUGGCAGUAUAGGACAAUUUCUAGAGAAAGGCACUCCAUAUUACACAAUCUUGAAGCUAUACUUGGUUCGAAGGCACAUGAUUAUAUUUCUUUUUAUGGUUUAAGAUCUCAUGGUAGACUUUAUCCAGAUGGUCCUAUGGCUACAAGUCAGGUAUAUGUGCACAGUAAGUUGAUGAUAAUUGAUGACCGUGUAGCUUUGAUUGGAUCAUCUAAUAUAAAUGACCGGAGUUUGCUUGGAUCAAGAGACUCUGAGAUCGGAGUUGUUAUAGAAGAUAAAGAAUAUGUUGAAUCGUUGAUGAAUGGAAAGCCGUGGAAGGCUGGGAAAUUUUCCCAUAGUCUCCGCUGUUCCCUAUGGUCUGAGCAUCUUGGUCUUCAUAAUGGAGAGAUCAGUAAAAUCAUUGAUCCAGUGGCUGAUUCAACCUACAAGGAUUUAUGGUCAGCAACCGCAAAGGAAAAUACUAGAAUCUACCAUGAAAUCUUUGCUUGCAUUCCCAAUGAUCAGAUACACUCAAGAGCUGCACUUCGGCAAAACAUGGUCCAAUGGAAGGAAAAACUUGGCCAAACGACCAUAGAUUUGGGAAUAGCCCCUGAUAAGUUAGUCUGUCAUGAGAAUGGAGAAACAAAAGUAAUAGAUCCAAUAGAUAGAUUGAAGUGUAUAGAGGGACAUCUUGUUUCCUUUCCUUUGGAUUUCAUGCGAGAGGAAGAUUUAAGACCAGCUGUUAUUGAGAGUGAGUUUUAUGUAUCUACUCAAGUAUAUCAUUAAGUAUGGUAUAGUUUGGAGUCCCAUAGAGGACUAACAAUUGCUUUGAGGGUACUCUACUAUUUUAUAGGAGGUGUGGAUGCUAAACUGGGAGUGAUGAUAGAACUUGUCAAGAUAUAAAACUGAAAGAUAAAGGAUAUAGUUAUGAAUUGGUUAUUGUGACUGUUAAACAACAGUUUUAAUAAGGGAAGUGAUGAUAGUGCAGAAUCCUAGUUGUUUAAAAAUUUACUCCAGUAACUGAGGGAAGUGUGUGAAAACCAUUGUUGUAAAUAAUGCAGUUCGGAGCUAUGUAGCAAUACUUCAACAUAAUGGAUGGCGCUAUGCCAUGCAAACUUUCACUUUGUACAGUACUAAUUCGUUAUUUGUGAAGGAAAUUGUAUAUAUAUUCUUCUUUUGACCCUGAAA